AUGGAUGCCAUCAUCAACACGGUGUCGACGAACGUCCCCUUGGCGCCGUUCAUGGGCCUGCUCAAGCCCAACGGCAAGAUGAUCAUGGUCGGCCUCCCCACCAAGGCUCUCGAGAUCCCGCCCUUUGAUCUCAUCAUGGGGAACAAGACCCUGGCGGGGAGCUGCAUCGGCGGCAUGAGGGACACGCAGGAGAUGCUCGACGUGGCGGCCAGGCACGGCGUGAUGGCGGAUAUAGAACUGGUGGCCGCGGACUACGUGAACACGGCCAUGGAGCGCCUGGCCAAGGCUGACGUCAGGUACCGCUUCGUCAUCGACAUCGGCAACACCCUCAAGAAUUCAGAGUGA